GCAAAGCACCAGGCAAACGCAAUUCUCUGCUGCGCCAAACUUCCUGGAGCUAACGAUAACCCAGACGAGCCCGGCACCCCUACUAUGGACAAGUCCUCAAAUUUUGCCUCUCUUUCUGAACGUCUAGCAUUCGCUCUCUCUUCUUUUGGCUUCCUCGAAUGUCGCGGGGCGCAUAAAAUAUGUCAACACUUCUACGACACUCCGCCUGCAGGUCGAUACGGCACCAUGGCUUACAUGGUGCGGGCAUUGGCUCAUUUGGUUGACGCUUCACAGCUAACUGGACCGGAAGGAUUGCUUGCGGUCAAUUGUAAUGUUCAAUAG